AUGUCGCACAUUGAUGAAGAUGAUAUCGGUGGACAAUUAAACGACAACAUGGAUGAAGAUGUCAACGCUGUUGUUCAGCCGUCUCAUUUAUCUCGUUUGCAACAAUAUGCUAAUAUGUUGGAGUUUCAACGCCAACAACUUAUGCAUGUUCAUGAAACAUUUCAGUUUAAUCCACCUAUGACACGAAUCCGGUAUAGGCAUUCUACGUACAACGGGGAGGACUGGAUUAGUGAACUCCUCAUGGGGCACGAUGGAAGAUUCUACGAUGCAAUGAGUAUGAACAAGAACGUUUUCAAAUUGCUUUGCAAAAAAAUAAAACAAACGGGUUGUCAUGGUGAUGCAAUACAACAAAAGAUCCGCAUCCAAGAAAGUGUUGCAAUGUUCUUGCAUACGAUAAAAGGACACCAAAGACAUCGACAUGCUGCGGAGACAUUUCGACGAUCUACAGAGACGAUUAGUAAUCAUGUACAUAUCAUGAUCACUGCUCUUCGCACACUGGCUCCCACAUACAUAAGUCCUCCGGAUUUUACUCGUGUUCCUCAAUGGAUACGAAAGAAUCGAUAUCUACAUCCAUACUUUAAGGAUUGCAUCGGUGCCAUCGACGGAACCAUCAUACCGGCUUGGAUUCCUGAAGAAGAUCAUGGGAAAUACAGAUGCCGAAAAGGUCACUUGUCCCAAAACGUUAUGGUCGCGUGCGACUUUGAUUGCAAGUUCACUUACGUUUUAGCGGGAUGGGAAGGCAGUGCAAAUGAUGCUCAUAUUUUUGGUGAAACAUUGACAAACCCCACAAAUACUUUUCCGUGGCCACCAGAGGGAAAAUAUUAUGUGGUCGACUCAACCUAUGCCAAUGUCCCGGGAUUCCUGUCACCUUACCGUGGUGAUAGGUACCAUCUCCCGGAGUGGAUUCGCUCUAAUCAAACACCUAAAAAUGCGAGAGAGCUCUUUAACAGACGUCAUGCCACUGUCCGUAAUGUGGUUGAACGUACCUUUGGAAUAUUGAAAGGUAAGUUCCCCAUUAUAAAAGGCCUAAUGCCAAACUACACGACUGAGUUCCAAAAAGACAUAGUUAUCGCAUGUUGUGUUGUACACAGUUUCAUCUUUGAGCACCAAAAGUUCAAGAACGUACCGCCGGCCAUUCUAAACCCAGAUUACAUACCAGAACCAGAUGAAGAUGACCAUACAAUGCCUUUGAUGACAACUUUAGAUACCUCUAAUGUUAGUGUGCGUGAACAGUCUGGUUUGCGCGAUUUGAUUGCUUCCGCCUUAUGGGCCGAUCAAGGGGCAGACGUCGGUAGUUGCUAUUAUGUUUUAUUUAUUACUGGUGUAUUCCAAAUUUUAAAGACAACUAUUAUGGGUUUUAAUAUUGUUGCGAGACUUUCGACACAAGUAUGCCUUGUCUUGUUUCCUAAUUAA